GGGGGAAGUGUGGCAAAAAACCGUCCGCAGAGCCCGUCCUUCUGCUCGGGGAGGGUGGGGUGUAGCGGGGAGGAAAAAUAAUGACGGUGGCGAACAACGGCGAGAGCGAGAAGAGAAGCCCGGUGAAUGCGGACGACAUGGAGAGGGAGAGCGAUGUGUAUCCGGCGGCGGACGGUGAAUGCAGCGGCGGGCUGCAGGCGGACGGGCAGCGCCGGCAGGGGCAGCUGGGCUCGCAGCUCGACGACUUGCCCACCUCCACCAUCGCUUGCAACGUGGACGAGCGGGUGUUUGUGGACGCCCUGUACCGGGAUGACUUUGAGACGUUAUUCAGGGUCUAUGACAAGAAUGUGACUUUCCAGUUUUUUAAGAGCUUCAGGCGAGUUCGAAUCAACUUCAGCAAUCCUAUUGCUGCAACAGAGGCCAGAAUUCAACUUCAUGAAACUGAAUUUAAUGGGAAGAAAAUGAAACUGUACUUUGCACAGAUCCAGAACAAAGCUUUCAGUAAAGGUAGCCCACACCUAGCUCCACCUCAUCCAGAAAAGCAGUUCCUCAUUUCCCCACCAGCGUCCCCACCCGUUGGAUGGAAGCAAGCAGAGGAUGCCACUCCAGUUAUAAACUAUGACUUGUUAUAUGCAAUUUCCAAACUGGGACCAGGGGAGAAAUAUGAAUUGCAUGCCGGCACUGAUACCACGCCAAGUGUUGUUGUUCAUGUCUGUGAAAGCGACCCUGAGCUGGAGCAAGAACAGGAGGAGGAAGAUGGGAAGAAUCGACCCAAACCAAAAAUCAUUCAAACUAGACGGCCAGAUUAUACUGCCAGCCACUCGAAGUGAAAUGUUGAACUUUAUCCAUUUCUUUGCAUUUGGAUUCCUCAUACAGAGAAUGACCACACUACUGAGUUAUAAUGGGGAUACUGGACUGCAGUAUAACUUGUGGAAAAGAUAAAAUUCCCAAAUGCAUAACUGUAUGUGUGUUGAUAGGCAGAAAUAUGGGAAAUUUGUACUGUAUCAAUGCUUUUGCAUUAUUUUCUGCUGUAACCGUGUACUUUAAACUGCAAAGGUAUUGAAUGAGGACAGGUAGAUCAGCUGAGUAAGCAGCAGUGGUAAUGGCACACACGACAAUGUAGCGCCAGCAGUUGGCACGGAUCUUUUCUCGUUGUCUAUCUUGUCAUCUUGGUGUCUACCAUGUUUUUGCUGUUAUACUUUAUUUGCAUAUUGUUGCAAAAUUGUAGUUAUUUGUGGUGUUUAGAUUGGCCUGCUACAAUAUUUAAAAUAGUCCCUUCUAGCAGAGCCCAGCGUGUGAAUUGUGACAUAUUCAAGACUUAAGCAGGGAAACUGAAUUGCAAACAGUAGCUGUUUCAUAAGUUAAUUCAACCACUUACCAGGAUCAGUUGUUUUUUUUACUUUGAAACUUUUAUCUGCUUCGUGACAUACUGUAAGCAUUCUCUUAAGCUGCAUCACAAUGAUUAUAAAGAUAAUUGGCAACAGUCUUGCUUGCACUUUAUCUUUCUGCAUAUCUUCUGCAACGUAGCUACCUAUACCCGUGGACUAAUCAUAUGUCGUAAAACACAUAAUAUUGUAUGGCAAUUUUUAGAAGUGCAUUUAUGUUUUCUAAAUUAACUGACUCACCGUUUAUUUCAUUAUUAAUCAGGCAUGACCAACUCCACUUCAGUUUAUCCUUCUAAUGUCAGAGUUAGAUUUGGAUACCAGUGGUAUGUUCCUCUUUCUGGCUAGUUUACUUGUGCAGUGAGGGAGUGCACUGCAAAGUGUCAUCACAUCAUGAAGAGCUGUUGAUUAUGAGAAUAGUUAUUGCACUUCAUAAUCCAGAAUGAAGAUCAACUCUCAGAGACAAUUAUUAGAUAGAAUGGUAUGAAAAUCAAGUCUGAAUAUAGUUUUGUUUGUGUCCAAAUACUCCUGCUUAUCAAUUUGACUUUUGGAGUGGACAUUUGUUUGUGAAUAAAAGACACGUGGCUAUAUUGUCAAAUCAAUAAUUGUGUAUUCAGAAGUAUAAGACGGUCAUUUUGUUGAUUGCAGGAGUAAAACGUAAGUUACAGUCUGAUUCCAUAUAACUUUGCUUCCUGGCCUGAAAUACUGGUUACUUGAGCUAAACGUAGAUUAUUUAUGUUGAUGUGAAAGUAACAAAUUUCUGAUUUAUGAUGUCUCGUCAGAGCGCAAUCAUCCUAUGUAAUAUUAGAAUAUUUUGAGCUGUUUCUCUAGAAAUGUAAUAUCAGUAAAAUUAAAUUAUUAUCUGUCUGCUGUACAUAUUGUUCAUAUUUGUACAGAUUGGAAUAAUUGGGCAGAUGGGAUGUUUACAAAUAAAUACAUUUGCUUUA